AUGAACAAAAUUCAUACCAAAAACGUUAUAUCGUGUCGAUCAGAAAAAGUUCACGGAUACUCAUGCAUGUACGAAGUAUCAUUGUUACUUUCAUCAUCAUCAUCAUCAUCAUCAUCAUCAUCAUCAUCAUCAUCAUCAUCAUCAUCAUCAUCAUUAACUUUGUUUGUCAAAUCAUUUUCUGUAACCUCAACAGUUAUUGAGUUUUCGUACAAAAUUCGAUUGUAUCAUAAAUACUUAUUCUAA